AAAUCAACUUUGAAUUGAACUUCACAGCAUUAACAGUUAUUGUUAGUGCCAAUUCACUCUCCACUGAUCUAUGGCUACCUCAGUGUCCACAAUUGGAGCAGUGAACAAGGCCCCAGUGGGAGCCUCAUUAGCCCCAAACACUGGUUUCUAUGGCAAGAGCUUGAAGAAAGUGAGCUUCAGAAAUGGCAGUCCCAAGAACAUGAACUGGCAGAUCAGGGCAUCAUCUGAUCCCCCUCCUGCUCAGCCCGAGAUCGACGAGUCGAAGCAGACCCACGAGGACAGAUGGAAGGGCCUUGUGGAAGACAUCUCAGACGACCAACAGGACAUCACCAGAGGAAAGGGAUUGGUGGACACCCUGUUCCAGGCUCCUAUGGGUACUGGCACUCACCAUGCUGUUCUUAGCUCCUAUGAGUACGUCAGUCAGGGUCAAAAAACAUAUAGUCUUGACAACAAACUGGAUGGGUUUUACAUUGCCCCUGCUUUCAUGGACAAGCUUGUUGUUCACAUCACCAAGAACUUCUUGAAGCUCCCUAACAUCAAGGUCCCUCUCAUCUUGGGUAUCUGGGGAGGCAAAGGUCAAGGAAAAUCCUUCCAGUGUGAGCUUGUCUUCAGAAAGAUGGGAAUCAACCCAAUUAUGAUGAGUGCCGGAGAAUUGGAAAGCGGGAACGCCGGAGAGCCAGCGAAGUUGAUCAGACAAAGGUACCGUGAAGCCGCAGAGAACAUCAGGAAGGGCAACAUGUGCGUUCUGUUCAUCAACGAUCUCGACGCCGGAGCCGGAAGAAUGGGCGGGACUACACAGUACACAGUGAACAACCAGAUGGUGAACGCCACACUGAUGAACAUCGCCGACAACCCCACCAACGUCCAGCUCCCCGGUAUGUACAACAAGCAGGAGAACGCCAGGGUCCCCAUCAUCGUCACCGGUAACGACUUCUCCACCCUCUACGCCCCUCUCAUCCGUGACGGUCGUAUGGAGAAGUUCUACUGGGCACCAACCAGGGACGACAGGGUCGGCGUCUGCAAGGGUAUUUUCAGAACCGACGGUGUACCUGAUGAGCACGUUGUCAAGCUUGUUGACACUUUCCCAGGACAAUCUAUUGAUUUCUUCGGUGCACUGAGGGCAAGAGUGUACGACGAUGAAGUGAGGAAGUUUGUGGCAGGGCUGGGAGUUGAGAAGGUGAACGAGAGGCUUCUGAACUCGAGGGAAGGGGCGCCGGUGUUUGCGCAGCCAAAGAUGACCAUUGAGAAGCUGCUGGAGUAUGGAAACAUGCUUGUCCAAGAACAGGAGAAUGUGAAGAGAGUCCAGCUUGCCGACAAGUACCUCAAAGAGGCUGCCCUCGGAGACGCUAACGCAGAUGCCAUUAACAAUGGAACCUUCUUUGCUAGCUAAGCACGAGGCCUUACUUGCAAGGAAUCAUGAUCUCUGAUGAUGGAAUAUUGGAGCCCCAUGCUAGCUCCUCCUAUAAGUUUUUAAGUGCAUUUUAUGUUGCUGUUGUAUAGGCUAUCGUCAAAUUUGUAUUCCAUAUUCAGUGAAUACAAGAGCGUAAUGUUUUUGCAUCUGUUUCAAA